UUUUUUUUACUUCCAGUUUUGGACACAGCGGUUGUGGCAGGAUAGCGUUAGGGGUGUUGGUGAAGUUAGUGGGUCACGUCGUAGUAGACUGUGACAAGCAAUCAUGACUUCAACAAAUAUGUUUCAGGGAAUUGAGAAUAAUGCCAAACCAAGUUCAAGAGUUCUAAGACCUCCUGGUGGAGGCUCCAGCAAUCUCUUCGGUGGUUAUGAGGAAGACACAUCCACCUCUAGACGGCCAAACAAGAUGUCCUCAUCUAUUUUUGGCCCUCCAGAAGAGACUCGGGGUAUUCCUAAACGCUCCAAUCCCCCAGGUGGAAAGAGCAGUGGAAUAUUUGGGCAGCCAGAGGCUCCUCAAGCUCAGAAAAAGCCUGUUCCCCCUGGUGGAGCAACAAGUAACAUAAUUUGGGGUACAGAGCCAAACCCACUUUCUGUUAAAAGUCACCCCAACAAACCAAAAGACAACUUAAGUGUGGUUGUUGAAGCUACACCAGAUCCACCAGCGCCAGUGCCUAAGCAGGAACCUGUUGUUGAAGAGGUGAAGGCUGAGGUGGCUUCUCCUCAACCCACACCGGCAAAAGAAGAACCUGCUCCAGCUCCAGAACCAGCAGCCAAUCAGAAUUCUGAACCAGCCACAGAGAAACUAACAGAAAAGAACCAUGAGCCACGCCUAGGACCACGCCCUCGCUCUCACAACAAAGUGCUUAACCCACCUGGUGGAAAGUCAAGUGUGGUCUUCUAUUAGCCCAAAGUUCUGCUUCUUUGUCUCUUACAUCCAUGUUUUUUCCUCUCUUGUGUAUGCUUUCAGCUUGUACUAAAACUUCUCCUUUACCAUCUCCCAUCAUUCACUGCAACCUUGUUUUCUUGUGCUUUUCUAUUUCAUUUCUUGGUUUUGCACUUUCUGAUUCAUUCCUCAUUUGCUCUUCAUCCCUUCAUUUAUUUAGAGUCACUGUUUCUGUCACUAAUUCAAAUGAAUGGUUAUUCUUUCGAGUUGACGGUUCUUUAUAUUUGUUGUCUAAAAUGUAUAAUGUAUAUCUUCAUAAUGAAACUCGGCAGAGUCUAUCCAAUGCUCAACUGGAACCACAGUCGGUCGGCAAAGCAAACUCUUCAGAAUCAGCAUGUUCAGAUUUACUUUUGAAACUUGAAUGUUUUCCUACGGCUUGACUUGUGCAGUAAGAUGGCCAACAGUAAAAGUAAUCGCUUGAGUGCCUAACCAAAAAAAGCACAAUUGUUUGAACUGAUAAUUACCUAUGCCAAAGGAUAAAUGCGUACAAUCAAAUGUUAUUUACAUAUCGCAUCAGAAUGUCCACACUGUCUUCACUCGUCAUAUAACACAAGGCAAUAUGCCUUGACAAUAUGUAAAUUGACAAAUUUGCAGAAACCUCUGAUAUGCUGGUUGCUAAAGGAGAGUACUUGAGAAGAGUCACUGUGGUUUUGUCAUACUGCUAUUAAAUUUAUCCUUUCUGUCUUGUCAUCAGCAGUAUGUAUAUGUUUUGGGUAAAAGUUGUAGUUGGAUGUGACGCACCUGUAGAAGUGUGGGAGAUUUGCCCCACCUAAAAGUGCCACCCACCCCAGUUCAGAAAACUUAAGUGGUUCCUUAGUUGUGUGACUGGCUGAGAUGAUGUCACAGAAGUCAGUGUCUUGCAAUUGAUUUGUAUGCUGUUUUGUAUUGGUGAUUUUUUUUUCAUGACAAAAGAAUGUUUUACCAUGUUGCUCAAAAUAAACUAACACAAAUCUUGA